CAGUUCAUUAUCUGGUUCAUUCUGGUCCUUACUUUUACCCUUGAACUUUGCCGCGGUUGUUAUUAAGAAAUAAAAUCUUAAUGAAAGAAGGUUGAUUCGAAAACAAUAAAAGUCUAAUAAUAACACAAUGGCACCAAACGUAUCGAUACCUGUGGAGCGCUACGAGCCCAGUACUGCUGGUGUGAACGCUAUUCUCUUGGGCCCACCAGGCUCUGGAAAAGGGACACAGGCACCUUUGCUAAAAGAGAAGUUUUGUGUCUGUCAUCUAUCAACUGGCGACAUGCUGCGCGCAGAGAUCGCAUCAGGCUCAAAACUUGGUGCCGAACUGAAAAAAGUUAUGGAUGAGGGAAAACUGGUAUCAGAUGAUUUGGUAGUGGAUAUGAUUGACUCCAACUUGGAUAAGCCAGAAUGUAAGAAUGGUUUUCUUUUGGACGGAUUCCCAAGGACUGUCGUGCAAGCUCAAAAGCUUGAUUCGUUGCUGGACAAAAGAAAGACAAGCCUGGAUGCCGUAAUCGAGUUUGCUAUAGAUGACAAUCUAUUGGUAAGGAGAAUAACUGGGCGAUUGAUUCACCAAGCAAGUGGAAGAUCAUAUCAUGAGGAAUUUGCUCCUCCUAAAGUUCCGAUGAAGGAUGAUAUUACUGGAGAGCCGCUAAUGAAGCGCAGCGACGAUAAUGCCGAAGCACUGAAAAAACGAUUGGAGGCGUAUCAUAAGCAAACCAAGCCAUUGGUUGACUACUACGGAUUGAGGGGAUUGCAUUUCAAGGUCGAUGCUGCCAAAAAAGCCAGUGAUGUCUUUUCGACAAUUGACUCGAUAUUCCAACGAAAUAUUUCCAAAAAAGUUCAAUUAUAACGGCUUUACAUGACGAGAAUAACCACUGUUUGUUGAUUCAUUCUGAAAAUAAAACAAUAGUUAAAUUCAA